AUGGCCUCAAGCGUGCUGCCCAUAAACGAUUUCGAGAGCCCAAAUGAGGGGGGCAGCGUUGCUUCUUACCAGGAGAAGCUGGCCGAAUUCGACAGAUUCUACACGAGCUAUGUUUAUUUGGAAAUUGCGAGGACGAUCAAAAUUGUUGAUAAUUAUGAAAAACUGCACCAGAUGAAUGAAACGAAAAGAAUCCAAAAGAAGACGCUCAAGAUAAAGGACGAGAGUAACCACAGAUUGAAGACCGAAAUAAGCGAAUUAGAGAGAGAAGAAAAAGAGCUGAGGGAGAAACUUGAGCAAUCUCGUAAAGAACGACUAGCGUAUGAAAAGGAACUCAAGUCUCUUGCUGCUUCUAAAAAGAAGCAAGAAUCUGGAAAGUAA